AUGGCUGUACAAGGCCAAACUUCAGACCGGGACUGUACAAGAGUCAACAUCACACCAGGGCUGCUCAUGGGUCACCUAAAGACGGGGGCUGCUCAAAGUAUCUCUCAGGUUAUUUUUGCUAUGAUGUUUGUGGCUGCGGCUAUUGCUGCUCCAAGUGGACCCCGCUAUGGAUACUCUCCUGCCCUGUCAUACAGGCCUCUGCCAGCCUACGAGGGUCCCGCUCGCUAUAACUUCCAGUGGGCAGUAAACGACGGUCCCUCCGGCAACGACUUCGGUCACCAGGAGGCCCGCGACGGUGACAACACCAAGGGGUCGUACUACGUGCAGCUUCCCGACGGUCGUCUGCAGACUGUGAACUACUUCGUGGACGGCGACUCUGGCUACGUGGCCGAUGUCCAGUACCAGGGACAGGCCCAGUUCCCAGCCUACCAACCUGCUUAUAGGCCUACACCAGCCUACAGGCCAUCCCCAGUGUAUGGCUAA